AUGGCCCCAAACUGGCUCUGUGACAAGAGCACGUCCCUGCGGCGCUACAGGCUGGAGCUGUGGGUUCUGGUUGCCUUGGGGGUCCUGGGGCUCUGCUACCUGCUCUACCAUGCUGACCAGCUGUGGCCCGGCGUGGCCCCCAGGCGCAGCCCCCCCCCCAGCCCCCGGGCAGCCCCCAGGCUCCCCUCGCCCCGCGUUCUGCCCACCCCCGCUCCGUGCGUGGCCAACGCCUCAGUGCACAAUGUCACUGGCUUUGCCAAACUGCCCGGCCACGUGCAGGACUUCAUGCGGUACCGGCACUGCCGGUCUUUCCCAGCACUGCUCGACGUCCCCAGCAAAUGCGGGGGGGCCGAGGGGUCCUCCAACAUCUUCCUCCUCUUGGCCAUCAAGUCAUCGCCGGUGAACUACGAGCGGCGGGAGGUGAUCCGCAAGACCUGGGGGCAGGAGAGGACCUUUGAAGGAGCCCCCAUCCGCCGGGUCUUCCUCGUGGGGGUGGCCCCCAGCGCCCAGGACGCAAAGAAACUCAACUGGCUGCUGCGGCUGGAGCAGCGGGAGCACGGGGACGUGCUGCAGUGGGACUUCAAGGACACCUUCUUCAACCUGACGCUGAAGCAGGUGCUCUUCCACACCUGGCUGGAGAAGCACUGCCCCGGCGUCCACUUCAUCUUCAACGGGGACGACGACGUCUUCGUCAACACGGACAACGUCAUCCACUUUGCAAUGGCCACCCAGGGCAUCGAGGAGCGUCAUCUCAUGGUGGGGCAGCUCUUCAUCAACAACAGCCCCGUCCGCAUCCAGCACAGCAAGUACUUUGUGCCCACGCAGCUCCUGGCCUCCAAGCAGUACCCGCCCUACUGCGGCGGCGGUGGGAUGCUCAUGUCCGGCUUCACCGCCCACGUCAUCUCCCGGGAAUCACGGGACAUCGAGCUUUUCCCCAUCGACGACGUCUACCUGGGUAUGUGCUUGGAGAAGGCAGGGCUGCCGCCCGCUUCCCACGUCGGCAUCCAGACCAUGGGCAUAGGGGUGCCGGCCAACACCGACCCCUUCGACCCCUGCUACUACCGGGAGCUGCUGCUGGUGCACCGCUUCAUGCCCUACGAGACGGCGGUGAUGUGGCAGGCCAUCCACGAGCCCCAGCUGCUCUGCAGCAAGAGGGUGAGCAUCUUCUAG